UCUGCGCAUGUGCAGAUGUUUGUCCAGAGCAGAAAGUUUUUUUAACCAAAUUACCAACAGCACAAAUAUAACAACUGAUAAUUCAACCACAAACCUCUUCUUAUCGUGUCGUUUUCAAUCAGACAGUGUCAUGGCUGGGAAAAAGAAGGAGAUUAGUUUACAGGUCAAUAUUAAUGACGAUGAACAAUGGGGUGAAGUUGUGGCCACGAAGGGUUUAACAGUGGUGGAUGUGUACCAGAGGUGGUGCGGCCCCUGUCGGGCCGUCGUCAGUCUCUUCAGGAAAAUAAAGAAUGAGUUGGGAGACGAUCUUCUGCAUUUCGCCACGGCCGAGGCGGACGGGAUUGAUGCUCUGGAGAAGUACAGAGGGAAAUGUGAACCCACCUUUCUGUUUUACGCGGGUGAUGAGUUGGUGGCGGUUCUGCGGGGACCAAACGCUCCUCUCCUGCAGAGAACCAUACAGGAAGAACUGAAUAAAGAGAAGAAUGUGCUGGAACACGGAGCUGCGCGCAGACCGGUGAAAGAUGAAGGUUUAGUGGAAGAUGAAGAGUUUAAUGAAGAACACACGGAGGAUGAAGAUGUGUUUGUUCCUGCUGAUAAGUCGUUCACGGUGGCGAUAAUAAAACCAGACGUGGUUGCUCACGGCAGAACUCACGAGAUCAUUAUGAAGAUUCAGGAUGCAGGAUUUGUCAUUUUGGCCAACGAGGAGAAAACUUUGACAGAGGCAGAAGCUCAAGACUUCUAUCAGCACAAAUCCACAGAGUCUUACUUUCAGGAGCUGGUUCGGUUUAUGUCGAGCGGUCCUUCUCAUGUGCUGGUCAUUUGUAAAGCGGACGGUUGUGACGACGUCAUUCCAGCCUGGCGGGAAUUCAUCGGACCACCGGACAUCGAGGUUGCCAAAAGAAAACAACCUGACAGCUUGCGGGCGCAGUUCGGCACCGCGAGCGUUUUCAACGCCCUGCACGGCAGCCGCGACAGAGAGGUGGCCAGCAGGGAGCUGGCAUUCUUCUUCCCGAACUUCAGGAUGGCGAUGGCGGACCCGGGCUCGGAGCAGGCCGGGCCGGAACAGGAGCAUGUGGAGAGGACGCUGGCUCUCAUCCGUCCAGACGCUGCCAGGGAAAACAGAGAGGAGAUCUUGGCCAGGAUUCAUGCCGCAGGUUUCACAGUGGCUAUGCAGAAAGAGGUGAUGCUGUCUGAAGAACAGGUGAGACAGUUUUACAGCUCUCACCAGGACGAAGAAUACUUCCCCAACCUACUGGAGAACAUGACCAGCGGGCCGGUGUUGGCAUUGGCUCUGGUGAAAGAAAGAGGUGUGGAACACUGGAGAAACAUUCUGGGACCCAAAGAUCUCCUCCGGGCUAAAAAUGAAGAACCUGAGUGUUUGCGAGCUCAGUUUUCUUUGGGGAGCUCGAAUAUAAAUCAGCUGCACGGCAGUGGAAGUUCAGAGGAGGCUGAGAGAGAGAUCGGCUUCUUCUUCCCUCCAGAACAAACGCUGGCCGUCAUCAAACCUGACACUCAACAUAAAGAGGUCAUCCUGGACGAGAUUCGAGCCAGAGGAUUCACCGUUUCUCAUCUGAAGGACACGGUUCUGUCCAGAGAGAUGGCAGAAGAAUUUUAUAAAGAACACAGAGAUGAACCCUUCUUUGGCCAGCUAGUGGAUUACAUGGUUCGCGGUCCGUGUACGAUGCUGGUUUUGACUAAAGAGAACGCGGUGGAUGAAUGGAGAGCAGCGAUGGGCCCGACGGAUCCCGGUGAGGCGAGAGAAACAGCCCCGGAGUCUCUGAGAGCUCGCUUCGCCAAAGACAUCUUACAGAACGCCGUCCACGGCUCCUCAAACCCAACACACGCAAACGAAAAGAUCCAUUUCAUCUUUGGAGACAUCAGCUCAGAGAAUGAGCUCAUCCAUGACGGCGUGUCUCCUGCUUUAGAAGCAGAGGAGAGCUUCGCAGAACUCAAAAACCUCCAAACUUCAAGAUCUCCAUCAUUUCAUGAGCUGAGGAAUCAGACAGAAGUCAACACUACAGAUCCAGAAGGCGGUGAUGAAACGACAGAGAGCCAGCAAACAUCACCUGAGAUCACGACCGUCUCAGAUCAGAAAGGAACACCAGAGACGCCCGGAGGCAGCCAACACCACGACACCGGUGAUCCAACAAAUGAAUGAAAUCUGCCGGAUGUUUUUUUAACAUCUCAACUCUUACUGUGGACCUUACACCUGACUGAUUCAUAUGACUACAGUGUAUUUGAAGAUGACAAUAACUACAAAACCUGUUGAAAUAAAUGAUCCUUUUGAAAGUUUGUACUGGAUUCUGAAGGUAGUUUUUCAACCACUGCAAGACUUGUUG